GGGAGUCAGCCUCGCUUAUUGAGCUGCGCAGUGCAGACAUCCCUUAGUGAAGAGACUUCUUGAGCCGUCUGGCAAUUCGCUGUGUGCAGCACAGAAGUACAAGGCAGGCCCAAUUCUAGUACCACGAUAAAUGGGAUCAAACAGUACAUCGGUUCAAGAUUCUCUUGAGGUUUUUGUUGGUCCUGCUAAUGUUUCGAGACAUCACGAUCUUGCUCUCGAACACUGGGAACGCUUCGAGCAAUCGGGGGAAAGGGAAGAGCUCGAAAAGUCUAUCAAUCAUGAACGUGCUGCCCUCAGGCUUCGUCCUGAAGGAGAUCCCGAUCACCUAGAAGAAUCCAUCGACUUGGACCGAGCUGCCCUGGAGCUUCGCUCCGAAGGCCAUCCCGACCGUUCCGAUUCGCUGCAAAACCUUGCAGAGUCCCUUCAUGUAGAAGAAGCCAUCAAGCUCGACCGAGCUGCCUUGGAACUUCGCCCCGAAGGCCAUCCCGAUCGAUUUAUGUCUCUCAGCAACCUCGCAGCUUCCCUGUUUAGUCGAUACGAGCGGCAUGGUAGGCCUGAGGACCUUGAAGAAUUCAUCAAGUUGCAGCAAGCUCCUCUGAAUCUUCAUGCCAAAGACCGUCCUGAACAUUCUAUGUCUCUUGGCAACCUCGCGACUUCUCUGUGGACUCUGUACAAGCAGCAUGGAAGGAAAGAAGACCUUGAGAAAGCCAUCGAGUUGGGCUGGGCCACCCUAGAGCUUCGACACGAAGCCAAUGCCGAUCGUUCUAUGUCCCUCACCAGUCUUGCAUCUUUUCUGUGUACUCGAUACCAGCAGUACGGGAAGACGAAGGAUCUCGAGGAGGCCAUAGAGUUGCAACGGGCUGCCCUCGAGCUUUGUCCUGAAGACCAUCCUAAUUAUUCUAUGUCUCUCAGCAACCUUGCAGAAGGUCUACGUACUCGUUAUAACCAGCAUCGAAGGAGUGAGGACAUUGAGGAGGCCAUCGAGUUGCACCGAGCCGCUCUAAAAUUUCUACCCGAAGGUCAUCCGAAUCGUUCUAUGUUUAUUAGCAACCUUGCAUACUCUCUACGCACUCGAUACAUCCAGCAUCAAAGAACUGAGGACCUUGAGGAGGCCAUCGAGCUGAAUCGAGCUGCUCUGGAGCUUCGACCCGAUGGACAUCCUCUUCGUUACGCUUCUCUCAACAAUCUCGCAACCUCUCUGAACAUACGAUACAAGCUGCACGGAAAGGCCGAGGACUUUGAGAAGUCUAUCGAGCUGAAACGACUCGCGCUUGAGCUUCAGCCUGAAGGCCAUCCGGAGCGUUCUUUAUCCGUCAUUAACCUUGCAAGUGCUCUGAGGACUCGAUACCAGCAGAAUGGAAGGAUUGAGGACCUUGAAGAGUCCAUCAAGCUGAAUCGAGCAGCUCUGAAGCUUCGACCCGAAGGCCAUCCCGAUCGUACUAAAACAUUGAGGAUCCUCGCAGAUUCUUUAUAUGCUCGGAUUAAGAAACUACGAAACAUGGCCGACUUUGAAGAAUGCAUGGAGUUACUAGGACUCGCUGCUACUCAUAAAUUCUCAGGUUCGUUUGAUCGCCUUCUUGCUGCCCGACACUGGGCAGCACUUGCACGAUUCCACGAGCACGACACUACCUAUUCAGCCUAUAAAGAAACGAUAUCGAUACUUCAACACGCUCUCACCGUAAAUCCAACUCUUCAAGCACAACAUGACUUCCUUCUCAGGAGUAGCGAAUCCAGAACGCUCGCCAUGGACGCCGCUUCUUAUGCUGUAGAGGAAAAUCAACUGGAACAAGCGAUGGAGAUAUUUGAGCAAGGGAGAGGCUUACUCUGGUCGCAGUUGCGCGGCUUUAGGACUCCCUUGGACAAACUUGCAGAGACAAACAAAGAACUCGCUGACGGAUUCCGUGAUGUCAGUGGUCGGCUGGAGAAUCUUGCAACAUCGCAUGAAUCGAUAAUAUCUGGUUUGACCACGGAUGCAAACGGAUCAGUUAAUCUGAGCAUACAGACAGGACAGAAAUCAUUUGACAAGCUGCUAAAGUUAAAGAGACAACUUUCGGACGAACAAGAGGUUAUUCUUAGAGAGAUUCGGCGAGUUCCAGGAUUCGAGAGUUUCCUCGAAGCUACGCCAUUCAAGACACUGCAGCAGGCGGCUUUGGAGGGACCGGUCAUCGUGAUCAAUCACAGCACAUACCGUUCUGAUGCCCUCAUCGUACUCUCCCGUGACGACCCAUUAGUCGCUUGCGUUCCGUUGGACGAUGAAUUCUAUGAGGAUAGCACCGAUCUGUGCAACGAGCUUGUGGAAUCACGCCAAAAGUUUGGCGCCGAUUCGCCAAAAUAUGACGAGAAGCUCCGUGAAGCGAUGGAGAUGCUAUGGGACAGAGUCCUUACUGAUGUCGUGGAUAAACUUACAGAACUCGGAGUCGCAAAAGGUUCUCGCAUCUGGUGGUGCCCUACGUCCGUGUUGUCUGCGCUUCCGUUCCAUGCAGCAGGACCAUUCGAGGAUGAACAUGGUACUGUGAAAUACUUAUUGGAUGAUUAUGUCUCGUCUUACACACCAACGCUCGGUGCUCUCGCCAAUGCACGGUUAGGUGGCAAUGAAGACGACCCAACAGUGCUCGUCAUUGGAGAUACCUCACUUCGAUCGGCUAAACAAGAAAUUUCCAACAUUCGGAAUUGUGGCAUGAGCACCAAGUUACUCGUCGGUAAGAACGCCACUCAUGAUGGAGUGAUCAAAGCCGUCCGGAAAGCGACAUGGGUCCACUUUGUCUGUCAUGGAUCUUUAGAUCCAAAGCCCUUUGGCUCUUCGUUCAAUCUAUCGGAUCGUGGGCUAACAAUGCUCGAUGUUGUCCAAUCAAGUCUUCCAAAUGCCGAAUUUGCUUUCCUUUCUGCUUGUCAUACCGCUGAACAGCAUCGUGACAGUGCACACGAUGAAGUUCUUCACCUCGCAGCGGCGAUGCAAUUUUCUGGUUUCCGAAGCGUGAUCGGUUCGAUGUGGGAGCUGCUUGACACGGAUGGGCCAGCAUUUGCCAGAACCGUUUAUGAAUACAUUAACGACUGCGAGGAGGGCGAGGCAAAGUAUAAGAGGGCGGCUGGGGGCCUUCGCAAGGCGUCUUUGGCGCUGAAAGCGCGGGAUGGGAUUCAGGCUGAACGAUGGGUCAAUCUCGUACAUAUAGGUGCUUGA